UUUAAUCCCAAGUAACAAAUCAGCAAGAUGCGUGCGUUAGUUUGUCUUAUAUUUACCGCUCUGGUAUACGGCACUGAAGGAGCUCCUCAUAUCGUCGGAGGGGAGGAUGCCUCAAUUGGCAAAUUUCCGUAUCAAGUGUCAUUGAAAUUCAAUGGCGAACACAUGUGUGGUGGAUCUAUUCUUAAUAAAUAUAACAUAUUAACCGCAGGAUAUUGUGUUAAACGUUUGAAUCAAUAUGAUCUGGAUUAUCUAAAGGUCCAUGCCGGCACAAAUUUUUUGGAUAUACCAGGAGCAGUUCAUGAUGUGGAAAAUGUAAGCGUCAACUCUCAAUACAACGAGAAUUCAAUCAAUAAUGACAUCGCUUUGAUUCAUCUUAAAAAUCCUAUCACGUACAACAGAUUAGUGCAACCGAUAAAUCUUAUGACAUCUGAUAACGAACUCGAGGGCAAACCGUGUACAUUAUCUGGUUGGGGAACUACGGUUGAUGGACGUACUCCAAAUAACUUGCAAGAAAUUGAGUUAACAAUUUAUCCACAAGGAGAAUGCAAGAUAGCACAACCGAAAGUGACAGAUAGCCAUAUCUGCACUUUAACUAAAGCAGGAGAAGGAGCAUGCCACAGUGAUGCUGGUGGACCAUUGGUAGUUAAUGAAGUUCAAAUUGGAAUCGUUUCUUUUGGUAAUCCCUGCAAGGUUGACGGAACUCCAGACGUUUACACAAGAGUUUCCAGUUUCAUAAAUUGGAUCAGAGCACAUUUGAAAAUCAGCAAGAUGAGUGCUUUAGUUUGUCUUGUACUUAUCGCUCUGAUAUACGGCACAGAAGGAGUUCCUUAUAUCAUCGGCGGUAAAAAUGCUAAAAUCGGCGAAUUUCCAUAUCAAGUGUCAUUGAAAUAUAAUGACUUCCACAGAUGCGGUGGAUCUAUUAUUGAUAAUUAUAACGUAUUAACCUCAGCACGUUGUGUUGAUGAUUUAGAAAAUUCGGAUAAUCUAAAAGUCCAUGCUGGCACAAUCUGGUUGAAUAUACCAGGAGCAGUUUAUGAUGUAGAAAGUGUAAGCGUCAACUCUAAAUACGACAACAAGUUACUCAUUAAUGACGUCGCUUUAGUUCACCUUAAAAAUCCUAUCAGGUACAACAGAUUAGUGCAACCGAUAAAUCUUACGACAUCUGAUGAAGGAUUCGACAACAAGCCGUGCACAUUAAUCGGAUGGGGAACUACUUCGGUUGAAGGAAGUACUUCAAAUAGCUUGCAAAAAAUUAAGUUAAUAGUUUAUCCGCAAGAAAAGUGCCAGGCAGCACAACCAAAAGUGAGAGAUAGCCAUAUCUGCACUUUGACUACAGAAGGAGAAGGAGCAUGCUACGGAGAUUCUGGUGGACCAUUGGUGGCUAAUAAAUCUCAAAUUGGAAUCGUUUCCUUUGGUACUCCUUGUGCAUUUGGAUAUCCAGAUAUUUACACAAGAGUUUCCAGUUUCGUAUCGUGGAUCAAUGCACAUUUGAAAAAAUAAAGAACAUUAUUUAAUUUGUUUAUUACAAUACCGUUUUGU